GUCCUCACUGCAGUUGCGAACUCGGUUGGACGCGAGUCUUAAGCCUGCAUCCGAGCCACUGACACUAGUACUACCGCCACAAUGGUUAACGCCGGGGUGCAGCCCGGAGGUCACCAUGGACUGAACGCGGACAUCUGGUCCAACAUCCUGUCCUUCGUCAGUCCCAGCGACGCACGGAGUUUAUCCCUCGUCUCCCACACCAUCCACCCCGCCGCUCGCCGCGUCGUCUUCUCCCGGGCGGAGAUCUCUGAGCAAAACCAGCUCGAGCAUGCCCACGCCUUCAUGAUAGGGGAGCCGCAUCAUCGCGCCUGCUGGCUGCGCGAGUUGCACAUACACUACUACGCAGUGGCAAAGGUCGAGGACCGACCGGCUGGGUCAGCGCUCGCUGCGAAGCUCGCUGACCUCCUCGAGGCCGCGCGGAAUAUCAGCAGCCUCGCACUUCCCUGCAUGGAGCCGCUCCUGGAGGCGGACCCUCGCGUCGGCACGGCUUUGGCUUCCCUCGCACGGCUCGAGGUCGUCAGGUUCGCCGAUGUGCGCGCGCAGACGUUGAAACUGGCGAACACGAUGGCUAGCAGGCCCACGCAAGUCACGCUUGUACUUGGCACGCCCUGCGACUCCGAGUACAUUAUCAGCGAGUACCUCGUGUCGCUGAGCCAUCUCACCCUACUCCGCAAUGCAAGCGCAGUAGAGAUCGAGUUCUUCGAAUUACAGCCGCGAGACAGAUGCACGCAACCCGCGGAUUUCGACUUUGAACUCGGACAGCUCGGACAGCAUCCAACCGUGCGUGAGCUGCGCCUCCGAUACAGCGGGCCCCUGCCCUUGUUCCACAUCUUCCCGAACAUGCAGGUUCUACGCAUGCGGUGUUUGAAGGAGUGGUUCGCGGAGUUCGACUGGCGGGAGUGGGCAUGGACGGAGUCCGUUCCGCUGGUCGACGUCACAGCCGACAAUGACAAGCAACUCCUAUGCCUGGCCGGGGAGCGUAGCCAGCCGACACUCCGGCAGCUGUGUCUGCACCAGCCUCCAGGCUCGGUCACCGUCGACCUCGACUACGACUACGACGACGAGUUCGAGUUCGACCACUUGCAGCCCGUCUGCUUGACGUUCCCCGUUGAAGAAUGGCAUGCGCCGGAGAACAUGGACAUUGUGUUGUGGCGCGGAUACCUGGGAACACCGGCGGGUCCGGAAGGACGGCUGCGCUACCUGCAAGUGACCGCCCAGUGCGAGUCGGAGGAGGACAUGUCCGUGCAGUGGGCGAAAUGGCUGCUUCCUGCUCUGCGAACGUCCCAGCUGGUGUGCCUGAGGCUCAACUUUGAUGUCUCCACGCCAUCUGGGAAGGUGGCGCGGCUCGGGGCGGCACGGCUCGUUCGAUACGUGCCUUCGCUGCGCUACUUGUGUAUUGCUGAAGGGCAAUGCGUGGAGGAUGACGUGGACUAUGCGUACGAACAACGCUUUGUGGGUAAGUGCACUUGGUGGCGCGUGUACGAUGCCGAGGGCGAGAGGCGCGUGGAGAGCAUCUCGUGCGAGGCCGGCGAGCGCGUCGAGCAGUAUCUGCGCUCGCAGGAAUUCGAGAAGACACUGAGCUUGGACGCGUUUGUGUUGGACGAUGCGUAG